AUGUGGUUAGAAGUGACCGUUUACGCUGAAAUUAUUGGAUUUGUACUAUCUGUUACUCUCAAUUUGAUUCUCCAAUGUUUGAUAUAUGAAAUGCCAAAAAAGACUUUUGGAAACUAUAAAUAUCUUAUGUUCUCAUUCUCAUUAUUGGGAAUUUACUAUUCAUGUUGCGAUUAUUGGAGUAAACCGAAUGUUCACAUCUCUGAGGUUUCGUUUGCCAUAUUCAACGUCAGAAAAGUGACAGGGUUUAAUAAAUAUCUUGGAGUAACCGCGCUUUCUAUUUACUGCGGCUGUUAUGGAAUGAUGCUCGUUUUACUCACCACUCAUUUCUACUACAGGUUCUUAUCAGUCACUCGUCCGUCAAAACUUUCUCGAUUUUCUUCGAGAAACUUUCCAAUUUGGGCUCUCCUUGUUUUGAUGAGUUAUUUGAUAUGGUUUGGUUUGACAUACUUCGUAAACGGUUCCUCUUCUAUGAAAGACCAAGUUUUGAUACCAGAAUUCGAAAGAGAUUACUGUAUGCAACCUGAUGAUUUUUCGUAUGUUGGAAUACAGUACUAUUAUAUUGAUCGAUUAACAGGAAAAACAAGGAUGCAUAUCCCUUCACUCUUCUCAAGUACUGUGUAUGCGUGUUUUAUGACUCUUACUUCCGGUUCCAUGACAUAUUUUGGUGUGAAGACGUAUGCUCAUCUCAAUGAGCUAACGACCAUGACUAGUUUAGAUUUCCGUGAACUUCAAAAUCAGCUGUUCCGAACUUUGGUUAUUCAAACUCUGAUUCCCUGCGUUUUCAUGUAUUUACCAGUCCUUUACAUAUCGAUGACACGUGGCUUCUUAGUCUCCCUCGAGUCUCCAGAUGAAGCUGGACGUUUCCGAUUGACAGCAGUCUUGUUCACAAAUCGUCCUCGUUUCAAAUCUCCGAGAGAAAUGAAUUUGAUGAGACGUCAAAUCCAAGUUUUUUGCGUUCUCCGUAAACUCCAAUCCCAGGAACCAAGUGGAUUCAUUUCGAUUGUUCUUCAGUUUUCUUGGAUUGAUGUGAGCUAUUUUCACUUGACAGUUCCUCUCCAUAAUCUGAACCAAUUGGCGGAUUUUCGAUUCAAAGAAUCCAAUAUUGGUGUCCUCGUUGAUUGUCAAAGCGACGAAAUGUUUGUAUCGACUGAAGAAAUUGAUCUCUUCGAACAGACUUCAUUUCCUCUUGAAUUAUAUGGAGAGUUGAUUUCGAGACGUUGUGAGUGGAAUUCUGUUCCGGGAACGCUGGAGUCAGAAUUGGCAUCAGAUGAUAUCGAUCGGCUACAUUUUUUCGCGGAUUCCAAAUCAAUUUAUUCAGAUUUGCCAAUUUUGAAUCCACACAACCAAACUGCUUCAGAACAACGGGAGAUGGCCAUUUCCAUGUCGAAAACACGAAGAAAACCUUUUGAAUUAUCUUCGAUGGAGCUGCAUUUGGAUACAAUUGACACGUCCUUGCAACCAGAAUAG